CAGGAACAGUUCAUUCGAGAUUUAUUCUAGUGUUAGUUGCCAAUUGUGGCUGACUUCCCAGGAUGAGGCAAGGAAUGGAAUAUUUGAUGUAGCAAGUGCAGUUUAACCACAAGAGACAACCGACGGCAGAAGACAUCAUGUAUCUCACUGUGCUGUAGGUUAAACUGGGCUAAGACCUGUACUAGCUGCAAACCUAAAAGAAAAGAUAGAAUUACUAACAGACAAACAAAGCAAAACAUAAAGAUAAGUGAGGGAAAUAAAUCUUAAAAAAAAAAAAAAAAAGAAAGAAAGAAAGAAAGAAAAAAAAAGGAAAAAAAAAAAAAAAAAAGAAACAUGACAAAGGAAGAAACAAGAGAUCUUAAACAGGAAACCUAUCAGCUAGAAACCGAGACUGGAAUUUGAGGAAGCAGGAGUGCAACUUCCUUUUCAGUCACUAAGUUCUCAUUUUUCUUUUCUUUCUCACAGUACCAGUGAUUUUCUGGGCUAAGAAACCAAAUAUUUGUUUAGCAUAGUUCUGAGCUCCCAGCAAUUCUCAUGUUAUUGCCAGUGCUUCCAGUGUUCAGCAUGGAUGCCUUUGACAGCCAAAGGAUGAAUGAGCAAUAGAAAAGGUUCAGCAACUUAGUGGUGUCUUCCUCUGGAUCCAGGGAUCUAAAGAGCUAAGCUUUUAUAUAACAAAACUACAAACUGGGAUUGGUGAGCACACUGUGAUUAAAUGGAAUCAGAAAUCACCUAUGCUGAAGUGAAGUUCAAGAAUGCAUCACCAACUGAAGAGGUGGAAGUACCUCAGAAGAAGGAGAAGAAGCAUGAGCAACAUACCCAGACAUACCCUCCAUGGCUCCCGUGGCUAAUCUCACUGCUCCUCCUCUUGGUGUGCGUUGCCCUUGUUGUUGCUCUCCUAGUCACUCACACCUCCCACAGCUGUGACAAGCCCACAGCCCUGCAGCGGAACCACACAGAGUGGCACUGCAUCUUGGCAGUGCCUCAAGGCAAAGGGCGAGCCUGGAAGUGCUGUCCAGAAGGCUGGAGACGCUUUCAAGAGAAC